GUCGCACAGUCAUCAUCAAAUUUGUUGAAAAACAAUGUGGUGUUUUCGUUUUCCUCCACUAUUUUCUUAUCUUCUGCUUCUUCUUGUUACUCUUAAUAUUCUACAAUAUGUACAUUGUCUUCCUCAGCAUGGUUCAACAGUUAAAUUUCUUCCAGGUUUUGAUGGCCCUCUUCCUUUCUAUCUUGAGACCGGAUAUAUUGGAGUUGGCAAAUCUGAGGAAGUGCAACUAUUCUAUUACUUUAUUAAAUCGGAAUCCAAUCCCAAAAAAGAUCCAAUCUUACUAUGGCUAACAGGAGGGCCUGGUUGCUCAUCCUUCACAGGGCUGGCAUAUGAAAUUGGUAAAUUUUAGUACGACAUGGUUUUAGUUCUAUAUA